AUGUUCUACCUCCUGGUCCUGCUUGUGGGGCUUUUUAGGUUGUUCGUCUCAAGGGUCGAUUUUCAACAAUCAUUCGUAGAGAUCACAGUUCCAGAGAAGAUCCUAUCAAAUUCAAGUGAUUCAAACUCAGAAUAUGAAGAAAUUUCAUAUGUUAUUUCAGUAGAAAGAAAACCAUAUACUUUGCAACUGAAACAAAGAUUGUUUAUACCAGAAGAUUUUAUUGUCUAUAUGUACAAUCGUGAAGGUGCUUUGUAUUAUAAAUCUGACAUCAUUCUGAAACACUGUAACUACCAAGGACACGUUGCAGGUUCCCCAAAAUCAGUUGUCACACUUCACACCUGUUCUGGACUCAGAGGAUUACUACAGUUUGAAAAUGUUACUUAUGGAAUUGAGCCCCUCCAGAAUUCAGGUGGAUUUCAGCAUCUUAUUUAUCGAUUAAGAAGUGAAAACACAGAUCUUGCUUUUUUAGCAAAAAAAAAUACCCAUAUGAAAUCAGAGGACCUGGAACAUAAACUUGGUUCUUUAAUAGAUUCAAGAUCAAUUAGUCCAAACCUAUCACCUCAGUAUGUGGAAAUGCAUAUUGUCUUGGACAAAAGUUUGUAUGAUUACAUGGGCUCUGAUACUGAAAGUGCAACAUAUAAAAUCAUCCAGAUUCUUGGUCUUAUAAAUGCGAUGUAUAGCCAAUUAAAAGUAACAAUUGUGCUGUCAUCCUUGGAAUUCUGGAUAUAUGAAAACAAGAUCUCUACAAUUGGAGAGCCAGAUGAAAUAUUACAAAGAUUUUUGGAAUGGAAAAAUUCUUACCUGGUCCUACGGCCUCAUGACAUGGCAUAUUUGUUCCUUUAUAGAGAGAAUCCUAUUACUGUAGGAGCAACUUUUCCUGGAAAGAUGUGCAUUCUUCAUUAUGCUGCAGGAAUUGUUCUGUAUCCCAAAGGAAUAACUGUUGAAGCAUUUUCUGUUAUUAUUGCACAGUUGUUGGGCAUCAGUCUGGGAAUAAAAUAUGACAGCAAGAAAUGCCGCUGUUUUAAAUCUACCUGCGUAAUGAGGCCAGAAGCAGUGUUCUCCAGUGGGAUUAAGGUCUUUAGUCAAUGUAGCUUGAAUGAUUUUCAAAAUUUCAUUUCAAAGACUGGAGCUACAUGUCUUAAAAAUCAACCAAAUCUUAAGAUUUCAGCCCGUGCGAAUGUUGGAGUCUGUGGAAAUUAUAUAGUAGAAGAAGGUGAAACUUGUGAUUGUGGUCCUCCAUCGGCAUGUGGAACUGACAAAUGCUGUGAUCCAAAACAUUGUACAAAAAAAUAUUUUGCACACUGUCUUUCUGGGGUUUGCUGCAAGGAAGAUUGUAAGUUUAAUGAUGGGGGUAUGUGUAGACCUUCAUAUGAUUUAGAAUGUGAUUUUCCUGAGAUAUGUAAUGGCAGCUCUGAAUCCUGCCCAAUUGAUUUAAAGGCAGUGGAUGGAAGUCCAUGUUCUGAAUUUUCGAGUAUGUGUUUUGGAGGAUCAUGCCAGGACCCUAAUAAACAAUGUCAGCGUCUGUUUGGAAGAGCUUCCAAAAAUGGUCCCUUUGCCUGCUAUGAAGAAAUCAAUAGUCAGCAAGAUAGGUUUGGGAACUGUGGCCGACAUGCAGAAAAUAAAUUUGCAUUCUGUAAUUGGAGGAAUCUCCUCUGUGGAAAGUUAAUUUGUACAUACCCAUAUCGAAAACCAUAUAUUCGAGAAAAUGUUGCUGUGAUAUAUAGUUAUGUGUUAAACACUGUCUGUAUAAGUUUAGAUCACAAGUUUAAACAAAAUGUUCGAGAUCCAAUGUUGAUUUCAAAUGGAAUUCCAUGUGAUGUUAAGAAGUUUUGUUUUAAUUCUCAGUGUGUAUUUUUGAAUAGAGUCAUAGAAGCAGCAAAAACUUGUUCAAAGAUGCAAUGUAACAGUCAUGGAGCAUGCACUGACAACAAAAGGGUAUGUAUAUGUGAAUCAGAUUAUAAACCCCCAAAUUGCUUGAUGAAGAGAAGUAGAACUAUUGGCGACUUUUUACCUUGGAAAUCAGAAAAUGCCAUCACCAGAAGUACAGGGCAUUCUAAGAAGAACUGGCUGAUUUUAAGUUUCUACAUUUUUCUACCUAUUAUUUUCAUUGUGACCAUAAUAGCUACCAAAUGGAUAACUCGGAAAGGAUGUAAAAAAGCUGAAGACUCACUAAUUACUGAAUCUGGAUCAGAAUUCAGUACUUUAAAUUCAUAUAGCAGUGACCAGUAA